AUGGCUUCAAGUAAUGGCCGUAAAGCAAGUGAAAUCUUUCAAGGUCAAGUUCACUUGUACAAAUACUUUUUUGCCCAUACAAUCGAUGCUAUGAGUCUUAAAUGGAUUGUUGAGCUUGGAAUACCAGACGUAAUCCACAACCAUGGUCAGCCCAUUACGCUGCCAAAGUUGGUGUCAAUACUACAAGUUCCACCAACUAAAGUUAGUGGCGUGCAGAGUCUCAUGCGCAGCCUUGCUUACAAGGGAUUCUUUGAAAUAGUAAGUGUCCAUGAGGAUAGGGAAGAGAAGGAAGCAUAUGCUCUAACUGUCACAUCAGAGCUUCUUGUCAAAGGCAGUGACCUCUGUCUAGCACCGAUGGUAGAGGGUUUUGUUGACCCAACUUUAUCAGGUAUUUGGUCUGACUUGAAGAAGUGGACUUAUGAGGAUGGUCUCACACUGUAUGAUGUCUCUCUAGGAUCAAACCUGUGGGAAUUUCUUGAUAAAAAUCCUGCAUGUAACAAAUUAUUCAAUGAAAUAAUGGCUAGUGACUCUCAGAUGAUGAACAUGGCGUUGAGAGGUUGCAAUUGGGUGUUUGAAGGAGUGGAGUCCAUUGUGGAUGUUGGUGGUGGAACUGGAAUCACAGCCAAGGUUAUCAGUGAGGCCUUCCCUAACAUGAAAUGCAUUGUGUUGGAACGUCCAAGUGUUGUAGAAAACUUGCCAGAAACCAACAAUUUGACCUAUAUUGGUGGGGACAUGUUUAAUUCUAUUCCUAAGGCUGAUGCAGUUCUUCUUAAGUUGAUUUUACAUAACUGGAGCGACAAGGAUUGUAGGAAGAUAUUGGAAAAUUGUAAAGAAUCAAUUUCUGAUAAAGGUAAAAAGGGAAAAGUAAUUGUGAUAGAUGUUGUGAUAAACGAAAACGAAGAUGAGCACGAACUUACUGAACUCAAACUUCUCAUGGACGUAAGCAUGGCAUGUCUUAUAAAUGGAAAAGAGAGAAGAGAAGAAGAAUGGAAGAAACUGUUCGAGGAAGCAGGGUUUCAAAGCUACAAAAUAUCUUCUUUGACAGGAUAUUUAUCUCUUAUUGAGAUCUAUCCUUAA